GAUGGGGAGGUCGCCUUGCUGCGAUGAGAAUGGUCUAAAGAAAGGGCCAUGGACUCAUGAAGAAGAUCAAAAGCUUAUUGAUUACAUUCAUAAACAUGGCCAUGGAAGCUGGAGAGCCCUUCCAAAGCUCGCAGAUUUAAACCGAUGUGGAAAGAGUUGUAGACUAAGGUGGACAAAUUACUUGAGACCUGAUAUCAAAAGAGGAAAGUUUUCCGCAGAAGAAGAGAAAACAAUCCUCCAUCUCCAUUCUAUUCUUGGGAAUAAAUGGUCUGCUAUUGCGACACAUUUGAAAGGACGUACUGAUAAUGAGAUCAAGAACUUUUGGAACACGCAUCUAAAGAAGAAACUGAUCCAAAUGGGCAUCGAUCCUGUGACUCAUCAGCCAAGAACCGACCUCUUCGCAAGCUUACCUCAGCUCAUAGCCUUAGCAAACUUAAAAGACCUCAUUGAACAAACAUCACAGUUCUCAUCCAUUCAAGCUGAGGCAGCUCAACUAGCCAAGCUACAAUAUCUCAAUGGUAUGCUUAAUUCUUCGGCUUCAUUAUCCAACAACAACAACAAUAACCCCAGUAGUAUUCUCGAUAUCGACCAUAACCAUGCGAUGAAUCUCUUAAACUCCAUGGUCUCAUGGAAUAAAGAAAACAACUCGAAUUUCAAUCCCGCUCUUGAACACGAGGCUGACCAUCAAAAUCAAGGUUUAUUUCCACUCGGGUUCUUCAUUGAUUCAACCACCCAACCACUCCAACAACAACAAUAUCAUUUAAACAAUAGUCCUAGUGAGAAACCAUCCCAAGGUGACCCACUUCUUGAUCAUGUCCCUUUCAAUCUACAAACACCUUUGAAUAGUGAAGAUCACUUUAUAGAAAAUUUAGUCAAACAUCCAAUAGAUCAAGAUCACGAUGAUCCAUCUUCAUGGAUUCUGCCAUCUCUUAUAGACAAUAGCCCCAAAAAUGCCAUGUCUUCUCUUCCUUACAACAAGCUAGCGGAUGCGGAUGCGAGCAGCAGCUCAAGCUAUGGUGGUGGGGACGGUGCGUCUCUUUAUUGGCCUGACUUUUGCUUCGACGAAAGCCUUAUCAACGAUAUUUCUUAAUUAGUUUUGGCAUAUUGUUCUUGUAAAUUCUGUUAUUAUAUACGCAUGUCUAGUUGAAUUACGUUUGAUCAAGCUGAGUUUAUUUUAUAAAAAGAUAUUUCAUUUGUUGUGUUCGUCGUUUUAGUCUUGUAAGGUGUCGUCCGAUUAUACAUUCCUCUCCUUUUUAGUUUUUAUGUAAUUAGACGCGACAUAUGUUUUUAUUUUGUUUAUACACGACAUGAAAUAUAUGUUA